ACUCCGUCUCUCCCCCUCGUCGAAGAGUUCAAUUGCUAACUUCUUUUUACCCAAACUCCGAAACCCACGUCUCUGUUUACCGGAAAAUUUAUCUUCUUAUUUUAAAAAAUUCCGGUGCUACUUCCGAUGGCCUCUGAUCCCGAUCCUCCAAAGCCCAAAACCCCAAGGCACAAAUGCCCUGCAUGCUAUAAACAAUUUAAUAGAAAGCUGCAUCUUAUUGAGCACAUGAAAAUCUCGUACCAUUCAGUUCAUCAACCUAGAUGUUGGGUGUGUCAAAAGCACUGCAAAUCUUUUGAAUCGGUGCGGGAACAUAUUAAUAGUCCACUAUCGAAAACAAAUUGUUUGAAGAUUUUUGUGGAACAAGGUUGCAAUCUUUGUUUAAAAGUUUUGGAUAGCCCCUCUGCUCUUAAGGAACAUAAGCAAAUGUGCUGCCUAGUGGCCCCUGUUCCCCUUGGAACAAAGAUCACGCCUUGUAUAGAAUCUAAUUUCACUAUGUCAGGUUCAAUCAUGGAUGAAAUGCACAAUGGCAAAGCUCAAAAAGCCGUUGCUAUGGAUUGUGAAAUGGUUGGUGGUGGAAGUGAUGGAUCAAUUGAUCUUUGUGCUAGAGUAUGUCUUGUUGAUGAAGCUGAGAAUAUAAUUUUGCACACAUAUGUUCAACCACAAAUUCCUGUCACCAAUUACAGAUAUGAAGUAACUGGGCUAACAGAAGACCAUCUGAGAGAUGCCAUACCACUUAAUGAAGUGCAAGAUAAAAUAAAGAAAAUUCUAUACAAUGGAGAGUCUGUUGGAAGGAUGCCCCCAGAUGGGGUGAAGGCUAGGCUUCUUGUGGGCCAUGACAUACAGCAUGAUUUGAACUGCUUGAGAAUGAAAUACCCUGGCUUUCUGUUGAGGGACACUGCAAAAUACCGUCCAUUGAUGAAAACAAAUCUUGUUAGCCACUCACUGAAGCACCUCACAAAAACAUAUCUAGGGUACAACAUCCAGUCUGGAAUUCACGAUCCAUACGAAGAUUGUAUAUCUGUGAUGAGACUGUACAAGCGAAUGCGUGGCCAAGACCAUCGGCAAGUGUUCAGACUUGGAGAUGAAAAAGCUAACAGUGGCUUUGAUUCUUUUCGAUCAAUGGAAUUGGAAAAGAAGGCUCCGGAUGAACUAUAUGAGAUCUCAACAUCUGAUUAUAAGUGUUGGUGUCUGGACUUGACCAAGAUUGCAACCCUGGCAGCUGACUAUCCAUUUUCCUUUUAACACCUGCAAUAUCUACCCAAGAAAGGCACGGUUUUUGGUUUAUGUAUGUUUGGUUUCCUUUGGUGGGUUGUUGGGGCAAGAUCAGAUCAUAUAACUUUGGGUUUGGUCGAUGUUUUGGUUUGUAUGUUCCCUAGUGAAAGCAAAAUGAAAGUUUGAUUGGCUUUGUUCAAUUUGUAUGUAAAUUAAGUGAAAGCAAAAUGAAAGUUUGAUUGGCUUUGUUCAA